AAUUGCAUGUUUUUGUCUUUUACUUUUUUCACUGUUUUCGAGUUUGAAUUUGAUUUUGAUUUUGCUACUUCUGCUUUUUAAAUUCUUGUUAGUUGCGCUUCAGCUGUUGCUGUUGUGUCUUAAUAGAUGUUGGCGGUGAUGAUGAUGAUGCUUUUUGGAUUUUGCGCACUCAUCGCUCACAGCGCAUCGCUCGGUGUUGUACGCUUGGCGACUAUGCUGAACAUAUUGGAGGUAUAAAAUAAUAUUGUUUGCGCGAUUUUUUUAACUUUCGCAUCUCGACUAGCGGCAGAGUCACACGUGUUAACGCGCAUUCGUUCAUUUCCUUCCUUUUGGCACAGUCGCGAUAAUUACAGGUGUAGGCGUGUUAAUUGGAAAAUAACUGAAUUGCAUUCAAAACAAAUUACGUAUACGCUCCAUGCUACAUUUUGCGUAGUUGAAAUACAAGUACAUAGCCCAGUAUUAGCAUAAACACUAACUGCACGAUGGCUAUGAAAACAAAAUCAACACCACCAACAACAGAGAUGACUCAGAAGCAACAAAAAGAACAAAACUCCACAAAAUAUUCACAUCGGCGGCAUCUUCAUUUGGAUACAUCGCUGCUACAGCUACACGCCGUUGCAAUUUCGACGUUUUUUAUUAUUUUCGGAUUACUUUGUGCUGCGAUUUGUGUCAGUGGGCAAGUUGAUGGCUACACUGCGGGCGUAGAUUAUCCUGCCUACGAAUCGGUGCCAAAAGGACUUUCAUUCAAAUGCCGGAACCGACUUCCUGGCUACUAUGCUGAUACGGAGACACGUUGUCAGAUCUGGCAUUGGUGUCUGCACUCUGGCCAUCAGUACUCUUUUAUAUGUCCCAACGGCACCGUUUUCAACCAAGCAGUACGCGUUUGUGAUUGGUGGACGAAUGUUAACUGUCCAGUAGCUGAACAAUUGUACAAAAACAACGAUGAGCUAUACCAAACCACCGAACCGAAUCCUCAGCAGUACCUCUGAUAUAAGGCCAAUCAUAUAAAUCAAUCCAGCUUAUUAAGCCAACAUAAUCAAAAUUAUCAAACCCAACAGCCAUCAAACCAACGGCAACGACAGCAACAGCUGCAAUA